CUGGAGCGCGAGGAGCUGCUACCGCCGCCUCAGUCGCCUCAGUCGCCUUAGGCUCGGUCGCCUCAGGCUCCACCGCCGCCGGGAUCGCCUGUCCCCACCCCCCAGCCCCGCCCCGGCCGCCCUCCCGCGGGCCGGCCCGCGGGCACGCCCUCUGCCGCGGGACAGGGCUGCCUACAGACAGAGAAGCUCUUCACAUGGUUCCAUGUCGGUGGGCUCCACGACCGAAGUUGGUCCUCCCGUGAAUUGCCAGUUCUGGUUGUGAUGCUCUAGGUCACAACGAGUGUGAACACACGCUAUCUAUGGGCCUGCUCUGACUCGUCCAGCCUGCUUAUGGGGGAAGCAGGGCCGUGCCACAGCGUGGGGGGCUGUGUGGCCUCACCAGGCAGGUGUCCCUGGAGGGGCCACCAGAGGCAUUCUCAGGAGUCUUCCCGUUGGGGAUAGCUGCUCAGCGGCAGGAGAGUCCUCUGCAGUGACCAGGCAUUUGGCCUCACAGGUGACACCAUCUGGGCCCCAUCUGUCCUUCCUCACGGCACCCUCGGCACCUUGAGCCACCUCCCCCAGCUACAGUUUGGAAGAAGGAUGGAGUCCAAGGUCUCAGAAGGUGGCCUGAACGUGACCCUGACCAUCCGCCUGCUGAUGCACGGAAAGGAAGUCGGCAGCAUCAUCGGGAAGAAAGGAGAGACCGUGAAGAAGAUGCGUGAAGAGAGCGGGGCAAGGAUCAACAUCUCAGAAGGAAACUGCCCAGAAAGAAUUGUGACCAUCACGGGCCCGACAGAUGCCAUCUUCAAGGCCUUUGCCAUGAUCGCCUACAAGUUUGAGGAGGACAUCAUUAACUGCAUGAGCAACAGCCCAGCCACCAGCAAGCCCCCGGUGACGCUGAGGCUGGUGGUCCCCGCCAGCCAGUGCGGGUCCCUGAUCGGCAAAGGCGGCUCCAAGAUCAAGGAGAUCAGGGAGUCCACAGGUGCCCAGGUCCAGGUGGCCGGGGACAUGCUGCCCAACUCCACGGAGCGGGCAGUGACCAUCUCGGGGACCCCCGACGCCAUCAUCCAGUGUGUCAAGCAAAUCUGUGUGGUCAUGCUGGAGUCCCCACCGAAAGGUGCCACCAUCCCCUACCGCCCAAAGCCCGCCUCCACCCCUGUCAUUUUUGCAGGUGGUCAGGCCUACACGAUCCAGGGACAGUACGCCAUCCCCCACCCAGAUCAGUUGACCAAGCUCCACCAGCUGGCCAUGCAGCAAACCCCCUUUCCUCCCCUCGGACAGACCAACCCCGCUUUCCCCGGAGAAAAGCUGCCUUUACACUCCUCCGAAGAAGCUCAAAAUCUGAUGGGCCAGUCGUCAGGUCUGGAUGCCAGCCCCCCCGCCAGCACUCACGAGCUCACCAUUCCCAAUGAUCUAAUAGGCUGCAUAAUUGGACGCCAGGGGACCAAAAUCAAUGAAAUUCGACAGAUGUCGGGAGCUCAGAUCAAAAUCGCCAAUGCCACGGAGGGGUCGUCAGAGCGCCAGAUCACCAUCACGGGGACCCCGGCCAACAUCAGCCUUGCUCAGUACCUCAUCAACGCCAGGCUGACGUCCGAGGUCACCGGGAUGGGCGCGCUCUAACCCCGCCGACGUCCCCACCACUCGCCACCUGUGCAGACCGCCCACCCCCUUGCAGAUAUAGAGGUUUCUUUACUACAGAAGGUGUCUGUGCCCUAGAGAUGCACCCACAGCGCUCUGUGUCUGUGAGCCCCCGGCUCCACCCCGACGCUGCUCCAAGUUCACUUACGCCCGUCUCCUCACGCGUUGGCAUGCCGUGUUCAUUAUUUUAAAUGCUUUGGGGCCACUCUCAUCUGUGACGUUUUAGAAACGUUGUUCCUUAGUGUCCGUGUAACUGUUUUAAGACUUGGUUUGACAUUUGGACGGCGCUUCCGGCAGCCCCAGGAGCUGUGGCCGCAGGGAGCUGCCCCACCCCGGUCCCUCGGCCUCGGCUCCCGUGGCCACGUGGAUCAGCGCCGGGCAGGGUGCACGUCUCCCUUUGUCCGAGGGCAGGAGAAAGGAAGGCUUGGGGUCCUGACCCGGGAUGUGGGGCAAAGCGGGGGUGCUGGGCCCCGGGCAUCUUCAGGGCUGAGAGUGGGGACCGGCCGGAGGCGCCUCCGCACCGCGUCCCGGCUCAAUAAACGUGUGCGCUGCCCCUC